AUGAUGAAGAGCACAAUCAUAACAUACAUCUUGGCGACCGCUGCUUUCGCGCUGCCUCCACCACAUAACAUUCUGGCGCAGCACAAACCAAAGCACAGCAAGUGGGUUCCCGCUUCGACUUCAGGAACCGACAGACUUGCAGCAGGGGCUCUUCUCAACGUACAGAACCGCCUUCACUCUAAAACAUUAUCAUACAACGAUUCCUCAGCUUGCACAGCCGACAAUGUCAUUGUUCGAAGAGAAUGGUCUACGCUACGGCCAAGUCAGCAGCGAGCUUACGUGCGAGCUGUGCGAUGCCUACAAAGCAAGCCAUCAAUCAGUGGCGAUCUUGCACCAGGUGCUCGUAACCGCUACGAUGAUUUUGUGGCGACACAUAUCAACCAGACGCUCUCGAUUCAUUCGACGGGCAACUUCCUCACCUGGCACCGCUACUACGUCUAG